AUGUCGCAUUCUGGAUCCAAGCUCGAAGUCGAAGACGAGGAAAACAGGCAGCAGAGGAUAGGUAACCUCCUUGAGCAAUUGAACAGCUCUUCACCAGCUAGGAAUACAUCCGAUGCUGUUCCACCAACUUUCGACUUUGGUGAGCGAAAAACAUACGCAGUAGACCCUCCCAGCGAACUGCUCGCACGUAUCCAGGACUUCCUCCCCCGCCUCAAGGAAGAGAACGACUCACUUGCUCAGCGCAUCCGAGACAACCCAUCGAGCGUAGAUAUCGAAAAUAUCGAAGAGGACACAGAGCAGUACAUCGAAAUGAACCUCGGAUUGGGCGUGUUGGAGACGCGGCUCAAGGAUUCAGAUUCUUGUUCAGACGAUGAAGAUUCCGGGAGUGAAGAUUGGUCGUCGUCGUCGUCAUCGUCAUCAUCAUCGUCUUCUCCCUCACCCGACUCGUCCUCCUCAGAAUCAGAAUCAGAAUCAGACGGGUCAGACUUAGACGGCAGUUCAGACUCAGAUUCUUCAUCCAUUGGUAUAAAAGCUAUCUCUUCCCGCCCACUCAAGCCCCUCCCUCGGCGUACUGCACAGUUUGAUAUUAACAUGCUUCCUGAUCCACCUUCUGCCGGUUAG